AUGUUAUAUUAAACUAUGAAAGUAAUAGUUCUAUUACAAUUGUGUUGGCAGAGAUUUGUCAGGCAGGAAAGGAAGAAGAUUUUGAUUAGUGGAUGCCAAUGUCGAGGUGGGCUUGCUAAAGCACACCAGUCAUGUAUAAACACUUGGUUUCAUACAAGAGGUUCAAAUAAAUGUGAGAUAUGCCAACAUGUAGCUGCAAAUGUGCCACCUCCUGAGUUGCAGCCAAGUCAGACAAGUUACUGGAUUUGGAGGGUCGACCCUGCCUUUAGAGGGUCCACUAUGGCACAAGAACGUGAAAGGGGUUGUUUUAGACCUCUUUGGGUGGCAUUCUCAAUCCUUAUUGGUGGUCUUUUGUUGGAUGUUCUAAUAUCCAUUACCCUUGGUGUAUCUGCAUUGCCCGUUAACAUCAUAAUUGGUGUUAUCGUUGUGUUGGGACUUGGAACUGCUCUUCGUCUUGCCCUGGAAUUCUGCCAUGAAUGGAGUAUAAGACGAGUAGUGCAAAGGGUGGAAACGAAUGUGAAUCUCGGGUACCAUCCUGCACUAUAGAUCACUCGUGUAACUUUUGCACACGACGUGAAACUGGAAUUGCUGAGCCGUCACAAGUGCUGAAAUAACUUGUGCAAAUUUGGGUGGUGCUAGUUUACUGUGUCCCAAGUAGGAUAAGAUGUUGUGCAAACCCUCUAAUGAAUGUGUUCUUAUUAAGUGGUUCUCAUGCCAAGAUCUGGAGAUACUUCUCAAUCGCCAGACCCAUAUUAUUUUUGCUUUUGCUCCCUCUAUAAUCAACCUUCAUUUGGUGUCA